AUGACAGCCGCUUCACUUUUGUUCGCAGCAUCGCUGCUCACGCAUCGGGUUACUGCAAAACUUGUGCGUUCUCCAACACCUCCUAUGGGAUGGAACUCGUACAAUACCUGGAAUUGUCUUCCAGAUGAAGGAAAGAUUCAUGAGAGUGCUCGAGGACUCGUAGAUCUUGGGUUUCAAAGUGUUGGCUACAACUUUGUGACGGUCGAUUGUGGCUGGAAUGCAAAAGAUCGAGACUCUGAUGGCAAGCUCCAAUGGAAUGAGACACUCUUUCCAUCUGGUGGCAAGGCUCUUGGUGACUUUCUCCAUGACCUUGGACUUGACUUCGGGCUCUACUCUGGAGCUGGUUACCUGCAGUGCGGAUCUGAAGCAUUGCCUGCAAGUCUGGGCUUCGAACAAUUAGAUGCAGAAAGCUUUGCAGAAUGGGGUGGAGACAGCCUGAAGUACGAUAACUGCUAUUCUACAUCGAAUACAACUAUGGUCGAUUCAAGCUCUGCUGAAGCCCAAUCACCCGCUCGUUUCCAACACAUGGCGGCUGAGCUGGAUGCUGUCAACCGCAACAUUCAAUACUACGUUUGCCAAUGGGGAAUUGGAACUAACGUUGGUGACUGGGCUGCCGAAAUUGGAGCUACCUGGAGAAUGAGCAACGACAUCUACAACGCCUGGCGUAGCAUCUGGCGAAUUACGAACCAGAUUGUACCGUACUUUAGACAUACCACUACGGGUGCCUUUGCCGACAUGGACAUGUUGAUCGUUGGCCUGAAGGCACUUUCCGAAGAAGAAGAGCGCUUCCACUUCGGCAUGUGGGCGAUCAACAAGUCGCCUCUGAUCAUGGGCGCAGCUCUUGACCCGAAGCGCCUCAGUCAAUCCUCAAUAGACAUCAUGACAAACAAAGAGGUGAUUGCUAUUAACCAGGAUCCGCUUGCUAAGCCAGCAAAAUUGAUCCAGCGUAACACCGAAAGCGAAUGGGAUGUAUGGCUAGGUGAGCUUUCAGGCUCAAAACAAGUUCUGGGUGUUGCAAAUUGGAGAAAUAACUCUCAGAAUGUCGAAUUGAACUUGGCCUCGCUUGGCAUUGCAUCAGCCAAUGCACGCGACGUCUGGGCUGCGAAGGACCUGGGUGCUGUUUCUGGUUCCCAGACUCUCGAUCUUGCCGGUCACGAAUUACGCCUAUGGGUGCUAUCCGAUGUGGAGGCAGCUGCUCCGCUAGGUUCUGGCGCAUACCAUUCAGCUGCUGACGCAUCUCUCUCUGGGCCAGCACAAGUAAUAUCCUGUGCAGAGGGCGCCUGCUUGCCAACAGGAUCAAAGGUUGGAUACAUCGAUCGCAGCGCUGGUGUAACUUUCUCCAAUGUCAGUGCUGCUUCCGCCGGCAAGAAACUCUUGAGUGUCGACUUCGUCAACUACGAAUACGCAUUCACUACCGCAUGGGAUUGGGGUGACAAUGCGCGAAACAUGACAGUAGCUGUGAACGGUAAAAAGGCGAAGAGGUGGGCUUUCCCACUCUCCGGUGGGAACUGGCAAGAGAGUUUUGGACUGAACAUUGAAGUUGAUGGGUUUACUGAGGGUAGUGCAAACACCGUAGAGUUCAGAGGCUACGGAGACAGGUUUGCACCGGACUUGCUGUGGAGAACCCCGCAUCCGGGAAACUGGUGGUGCCACUGCGGGUCAAAAGCCACCGAACAUCUGCCAUCUGUCAUGAGCACAAAAGUACAUCCUUCGCUUUGUUGGGCGGUAAAGCAAGGCGAUCGCUCCUCCACUAGUCCCUUUCUACCUGCGCACGAUGCUCCAACCGAGAUACAUCGUGACCUCCUUAAGAAUGGAAAAAUCAAGGAUCCCUUCAUUGACUUCAACGAGCUGUCAGUACGCUGGGUCGGAGACGAGACAUGGACAUAUUGUACCACCUUCGCUGCACCUGAACAUUAUGGCAAAGCUGGUGCGACUUCCGAACUUCAAUUCGAAGGAUUGGAUACAUUUGCUUCCGUCUAUCUGAAUGGUGUCUUGAUCCUCCAAUCAGAUAACAUGUUUGAGGCGCAUUGGGUUGACGUUACAGGGAAGCUGAAAGACCGAGACAAUGCACUAGAAAUCGUCUUUCAUUCUGCGCGAAAGAGGGGUCUGGAACUUGUCGAGGAACAUAAAGGCCAUCGGCACAUUGUACACCAGACCGAGAUUUCGCGUGGCCCGGUUCGUAAAGCGCAGUAUCAUUGGGGGUGGGAUUGGGGCCCCAUACUAAUGACGUGUGGGAUUUGGAAACCGAUAUCGCUAAAGACGUGGAUGAGUCGGUUAUCAAAUCUGGACAUCCACUACGAUCUUUCACAUGACUUGGAUUCUGCUUCGAUUGUAGCUGGGGUCGAAUGGGAAGGCCUUAUUGAUUCGUUGACUUUUACUGUUACGAAGAAAGGGAGCAGUGUUGUCGAAUGGAGCAAUACCACAGAUCUUCGGUCUGGAGAUCGCUGCGGAACUGCAAGUGCAUCUGGUAUCAUGGAAGAUGUCGAGCUCUGGUGGCCGCGAGGCUACGGCCAUCAGAAUAUGUACACCGUCCAAGCGGAAGCUUACGUACAGUCUGAGACGUCCGAAUCUCAGAGACUUCACUCUGUCUCAAAAGACUUUGGCUUUCGUCGUGCCGAACUAAUUCAAGAGCCGGAUAAGGACGGCCAAUCUUUCUACUUCCGCGUCAACAACAUUGACAUCUUCUGUGGUGGAUCGUGCUGGAUACCCGCAGACUCCUUUUUGACGCGUCUCACGCCUUCUGACUAUCACGCGUGGGUAAAGCUCGCAGCCGAUGGAAACCAAACAAUGAUUCGCAUAUGGGGUGGUGGCAUCUAUGAAGCCCAUGCAUUGUACGAUGCAGCUGACGAGCUGGGUGUGUUAAUAUGGCAAGACUUCAUGUUUGCCUGUGCAAACUACCCAGGUCACACAAAAUAUCUGGAGAGUGUGGAAACUGAAGCCAGACAAAACGUCCAACAAGUACGGAGGCAUCCGAGCAUCAUCCUCUGGGGAGGAAAUAACGAAGACUACCAAAUUGUAGAGCGCUACGGACUCGACUACGACCCCGACAACAAAGACCCCGAGUCCUGGCUCAAAACAAAUUUCCCGGCACGCUACAUCUACGAGCAUCUCCUCCCAAAGAUAGUAUCCCAGGAAUCGCCAAACACACCUUACCACCCCAGUUCUCCCUUCGGCAACGGCCGCUCCACCGUCUUAAAAGUCGAUCCCACAAUCGGCGACAUCCACCAAUGGAACGUAUGGAACGGCACAAUGGAACCAUACCAACGCCUCCCCGAGCUAGGCGGCCGCUUCGUCUCCGAAUUCGGCAUGGAAGCCUAUCCGCACAUAUCUACGAUCGAGAAAUGGGUUACGCGGCCAGAAGACCGCUACCCGGGCUCCAUGGCCAUGGACUUCCGCAACAAAGCGAUCGCACAUGAGCGACGCUUGAUGAGCUAUGUGGCUGAGAACUUUCGCGUCAGAUAUGAUCUGAAGGGAUUCGCGCAUCUAACGCAGGUCAUGCAGGCCGAUGCUAUGGCGUGGGCGUACAAGUCCUGGCGUCGUGAUUGGGGAUCGCAUGGCAGUCGCAAGUGUGGGGGUGUGCUGGUUUGGCAACUUAAUGAUUGCUGGCCGACCAUGUCGUGGGCUGUUGUCGACUACGAGCGUGUGCCUAAACCGGCGUAUUAUGCUAUCAAGCGUGCCAUGAAGCCUGUUGCUAUUGGUGUUCAACGCAAGGUUACGAGCUGGACUAUGCAGCCGGCGGAUGAGCUGUGGCAGCGAGAUACAGGACAUGUUGACAUGCGCAAGUUGCGGCAGGAGGUCGAGUAUGAAGUUUGGGUUGCUAAUAGCACGGUCAAAGAGGUGGAGGGGAGUGUGAGGAUUAGGUAUGUCUCAAUCAAGACGGGGACGAAACAGGGCCAGGAAUUGAAGCGAGAUGUUCGCAUUGCGGUCAACGGGACUACCGAGGUUAUCAAGACUCAUAUAAUGAGUGUGGACAUCUCAAAGCACCCGGAUGAUUUUGACUUUACGACAACCGACCCUUUCGUUAUUGAGGCGACGCUACACAUAAAGGGCCAGUGUGUUGCAACGGACGUAUCUUGGCCGGAGCCGAUCAAAUAUCUCUCUUUUGAAGAUCGGGGGAUCAAGGUGGAGUAUUCUGGAGACUUGACUGUGGCUUUUGUAUCAUCUUCAAAGCCAGUAAAAGGCUUUGUAUUUAGCGAGAAAGAGGGCGUACAAUUAAGCGACAAUGGCUUUGAUGUCAUCCCAGGAGAGACGCACGAAGUGCAAGUAGAUGGUAUCGCGGCUAAUGAGUUGGAAUGGAGUUAUGUUGAUAUGUAA